GACGCGGACUUGUUAACGGGGCGGUGAAGAAGCCGAUUCUGACUCGCUUUGCUGAUCUAUUCCCGGGCUGGGAGGAGAUGACGGGCGGCUCUUCCAUCCCCGGCAAGCUCGCGUUCUCCAUCUCUUUCGCCUUCUCCUUCUCCUUAACCCUCGCGGCUUCCUCUCCUCAUUUUUUCACUCCCUUUCCCAAGAUCUCAUCUUUCCUCUCUCUCAAGGCCGCCUCCUCCUCCGCCCCCCGGACCACCGCCGCCCACCUCCUCGCCCUCCUCGGAUCCGCGCAUGACGCCGGGAAGGUGCCCGCAUCGGAGGCCCGGGGGCUCCGCUCCUGCCUCCGCUUCCUCGUCCCUUUUUCCUCCGCCACUCCCGUAAAGGAGAACAAGCACCUCCGCCUGCGCCACGAUGCCGACGACAUGGUGUGGUGGCCGCCAGAGCCGGUGAUGGAGCUGGCCCGGCUCGCCGUCGACUCUGGUGGCGACCCGUCAGUGAUCCAGAUGGCGCUGGAUCCCACUCCGUUGCCUGUGCCUGAUGUGGAGGGCUUGAAGAAAGAUAAAUGUCAGUUGACAAGAACUCCGUAUGGGUACCGUUUUGCAAACAUGGAAUUAAAUACAUAUUUUGCCUUCUUGUUUGAACUGAUUGCGGAGAGAGGACCUUCUGUGGGCUUAAACGUGUCUCUCAGUCGAUAUGACUUGUUUCAUGGGCACCUCUUCGUUGCCACUGACUCUGGAAGGCUUGGCAUGCUGUUCCAUGCAAAAGAGUAUCCAGCCUGUGAAAAAGAAUCAUUUCCUUAUAAUAUGGGUUAUUGCCAGAGAGGAUCAAAUGUGGUUUAUGAUGAUGCGAUGAAUCUAAGGAAUAUACUAUGGCUUGCACCACUGCCUAAUGACGUCACAGAAGCUUGGCUGGCACCUGGUGUGUUGGUGGUCCUGGAUGCUCAUCCUGAAGGUAUUAUAUACAAGGAACUAGUACCAGAAUAUGUGGAUAUUGUGAGGACGAUAUACGAAGAUGAUUUUGGGGACCAUGUGGCCGAUGUCAAUUACUUGAACGAUGUUAAUGUCAUUUCUGGCGACAGAAUUUUCAUAUGCUAAAAUUUCCAUGGAGGAAGCUUCUCCCUCAAAUGGCUUUUAAAAAGACAUUCUCUUGAUAAGAUCUAUUCUUCUGGUUCUAUUAUAUUCAAACAAUCUAUUUUGAUACUUGCUCCUGCAUGGUCGGCCGAUUGUUUUACCUAUAACCCUAUUAAGGUCGUGUUGCUGUGUUACUCCUAUGUUAAAAAAGAAAGGUUGUGUGGGUGCUCAGACAUGUAUGGAAUGAAAUGAUGACAGACAUUGAUUUAU